AUGGAUAUCUAUAUUAACGAUAUAGAUGAAAAUAUAUUUUACUCCCCACUUAUAGAAAAAAAUUUAAAAAGCAACUAUAAAUACUACUCAAAAUAUCAUUUAGAAAAUGUAAUCAAUAAUAAUAUCAGUAUACUCGAAGAAAUCCUAUUAAAAAGAAACGAAGAAAGAAUUAAUAGUGGUAUAAUUAUAGGAAAAGAAGUUACAACCCCUUUCCCCUUUAUAAAGUCCGAAAUUGGUAUGAACUUUAAAGAAAAAAAUACCUAUUGUUCAAUAAAAGAUAAUGAAAUAAAGAAAAAAUUCCUAACCCAACAUAUCCAGUGCCAAAUAGAGCGUCAAAGAGGUGAAAUACAACCAAGAGUAUUUAUUUUUUCAAUAUCAAAUGAACAAGAAAUAAUUUACAAUACAUUCGAAAAUAAUAUCAAAAAGAAAAAAUUUAUAAAAGAGAUAGUUAUGAAUCAAAUUAUUCAACAAAUGAAAUUUCAUUUAAUAGUUAGAAAAUAUUAUCAAAAUCUUAAAUAUACAUAUUAA